AUGAGGGGCAGGCGGGGCAGGCCGCCCAAGCAGCCCGCGGCAGGCGCUGCGGAGCGCGGCGCCCCGGCUCCCCCGCCGCCGCCGCCGCCGCCACCGCCACCGCCACCUCCGGCCGGGCCCAUCGGGGGGCUCCGCUCCCGGCACCGAGGCAGCAGCCGGGGCAGGUGGGCCGCCGCCCAGGCAGAGGUGGCGCCCAAGGCGCGGCUGAGCUCCCCCAGGGGGGGCGGCGGUAGCCGGAGGAAGCCGCCGCCGCCACCGCCGCCGCCGCCGCCGCCGGCCGCCCCCCCCAGCAGCAGCCCCAGCGCCGGCGCCCCGGGCCGGGGGGGGAGAGGAGGCGGGGGAGGCAGAGCUGGAGGCGGGGGUGGCGGCGGCGGCGGCGGCGGCGGCGGCGGUGGUGGUGGUGGUGGUGGUGGUGGCGGCGGCCACCUGGCCCGGGCCACCCCGUCCAGGAGGAGCAUCAGCAAAGUGGUGUACGAUGACCACGAGAGCGAGGAGGAGGACGAGGACGAGGACAUGGUCUCCGAGGAAGAGGAGGAGGAAGAGGGGGACCCCGAGGAGACGCAGGACUCCGAGGAGGAGGAGGAGGAGGAUAUUAUGGAGGAGGACGACGACGACGAUGACUCCGAUUAUCCCGAAGAAAUGGAAGACGACGACGAUGCCAGCUAUUGCACCGAGAGCAGCUUCAGGAGCCACAGCACCUACAGCAGUACCCCAGGUAGAAGAAGACAGAGAGUACAUCGCCCUCGUUCUCCGAUAUUGGAAGAAAAAGAUAUCCCACCUCUUGAAUUUCCUAAAUCCUCUGAGGACUUAAUGGUGCCCAAUGAGCAUAUAAUGAAUGUUAUAGCCAUCUAUGAAGUCCUGCGGAACUUUGGCACCGUUUUACGCUUAUCUCCUUUUCGUUUUGAGGACUUCUGUGCUGCUCUUGUAAGUCAAGAGCAGUGUACUCUUAUGGCAGAGAUGCAUGUAGUGCUUUUGAAAGCAGUUUUACGAGAAGAAGACACCUCAAAUACUACCUUUGGACCUGCUGACCUGAAAGAUAGUGUUAAUUCCACACUAUAUUUUAUAGAUGGAAUGACAUGGCCAGAGGUUCUGCGGGUAUAUUGUGAGAGUGACAAGGAGUACCAUCAUGUUCUUCCUUAUCAAGAAGCAGAGGACUAUCCUUAUGGACCAGUACAAAAUAAAAUCAAAGUUCUGCAGUUUUUAGUGGAUCAGUUUCUUACGACGAACAUUGCUCGUGAAGAAUUGAUGUCUGAAGGGGUAAUACAGUAUGAUGACCACUGUAGGGUUUGUCACAAACUUGGGGAUUUGCUUUGCUGUGAAACUUGCUCAGCAGUAUACCAUUUAGAGUGUGUGAAACCACCUCUUGAGGAGGUACCAGAGGAUGAAUGGCAGUGUGAGGUCUGUGUGGCACACAAGGUACCUGGUGUAACUGACUGUGUUGCUGAAAUCCAAAAAAAUAAACCAUAUAUUCGACACGAACCUAUUGGAUAUGACAGAAGUCGGAGGAAAUACUGGUUUCUAAACAGAAGACUCAUUAUAGAGGAAGAUUCAGAAAAUGAAAAGGAUAAGAAGCUUUGGUACUAUAGCACAAAGGUCCAGUUGGCAGAAUUAAUUGAUUGCCUAGAUAAAGAUUACUGGGAAGCUGAACUUUGUAAAACUCUAGAAGAAAUGCGUGAAGAAAUUCAUCGACAUAUGGAUAUAACUGAAGACCUGACUAAUAAAGCACGUGGAAGUAACAAAUCGUUUCUGGCUGCUGCAAAUGAUGAAAUUUUGGAAGCUACCAAAUCCAAAAAGGGAGGUGACAUUGAAGAUGCUAAGAGUCCAGUUCCAGAAGAAGCAGACAAGGACAAAAAUGAAUCUGAAAAUAAUAGCCAAAAAGAUUCUGAGAAAAGCAAAGAAGAGCUUUCAGAUCAACCCCAGGAAAAAAACAAAGAAGAAAAAACAUCUGGUGGUGAUUCUGAGAAAGGAAAACCAGAGGAGCCAAAAGAUGUUGGGGAUAAAGGUAACUCUCUGUCAACAAAUACUGGCGACAACACAACAAAUACUUCUUCAGGAGAAACUAGUCCCCCUGAAGGGAAGAGCACAGUGGGGUGCCCCUCAGAAACUCAUGAUAGCAACAACAUGGCAGAGAAGAAGGUGGCUCCUGAGCUACCCCAGGAUGUACCAGAAGAAUCUACCAAGUUGAAUGAUGGCAAUAGUACUGCUACUGUCCCCAACCUGCCUUAUACCGAAAACAGCAACAGCAGCAGUGAACUAAAUUCCUCCCAGAAUGAAUCUUUCACAAAAACUUCUGAUGAUCCUGAAAAUGGAGAAAGGGAAUCUCAUACACCUUUAUCUGUUCAAGAGGAAAUAGAUUUCAAAUCAGAGAAGUCUAAUGGAGAAAGAAGUGAUUCCCCUGGAACAGGAAAAGGUACACCUGGCUCAACACGGAUGGUCACAAGAUUACGAAAUCCAGACAGCAAGCUUAGUCAACUGAAGAGCCAACAGGUUGCUGCAGCAGCACAUGAAGCAAAUAAAUUAUUUAAGGAAGGCAGAGAGGUCCUGGUAGUUAACUCUCAAGGAGAAAUUUCACGAUUGAGCACCAAGAAGGAGAUAAUUAUGAAAGGAAAUAUCAACAACUUUUUCAAGCUAGGUCAAGAGGGGAAGUAUCGUGUCUACCACAAUCAGUACACCACCAAUUCUUUUGCCCUGAACAAACACCAGCACAGAGAGGACCAUGACAAGAGAAGGCAUCUUUCACAUAAAUUUUGCUUGACUCCAGCAGGAGAGUUCAAAUGGAAUGGUUCUGUACAUGGGUCCAAAGUACUUACCAUAUCCACCUUGAGGUUAACCAUCAUCCAGUUGGAAAACAACAUCCCAGCACCAUUCCUGCAUCCCAAUUGGGCAUCUCACAGGUCAAAUUGGAUCAAAGCGGUUCAGAUGUGUAGCAAACCUAGAGAAUUUGCUUUGGCUUUGGCCAUUUUGGAAUGUGCCAUUAAGCCAGUUGUCAUGCUGCCAAUCUGGCGAGAAUCUUUAGGACAUACCAGAUUACACAGAAUGACAUCCAUCGAAAGAGAAGAAAAGGAGAAAGUGAAAAAAAAAGAGAGAAAACAGGAGGAGGAAGAAACAAUGCAACAAGCUACAUGGGUGAAAUAUACAUUUCCUAUCAAACAUCAGGUUUGGAAACAAAAAGGAGAGGAAUAUAGAGUAACAGGCUAUGGUGGUUGGAGUUGGAUUAGUAAAACACAUGUUCAUAGGUUUGUCCCUAAAUUGCCUGGAAAUACUAAUGUGAAUUACAGAAAAAUAUUAGACACCAAAAAUCUUGACACUGGUGAAAAUGAGUGUGAACUAGAUAAAAGGAAAAGUCUAACACGAAGUCCAACAAAAGUAAAGUUAGAGACCAACCCUCAGAAAAGUAAAGCAAGUGAUUCAGAAAUGCUACAAGAAAUAGACCAAAUUGAAAUGGAAACUACAAAAAUUUCCGAGAAGAAAGACCAAGCUAAAGAAGAAAGUACAAUGCUUAAAGAAAAACCUGAAGUUGAUAUGACCUCUUCAGAUGUAGUUGCUACAAAAGGAAAAGAUGAGAAAGGAAUGCUUAAUUCUGAAAGUGAUAAGUCUAUCAAGGAAGAACCUAUGGAGGUAGAUGAAAUAAAAACAGAUUCAUCUGCAAGAUGUGAGGAAAAUUCUUUUAAAGCAGAUGUAAUUAAUGUCAGUGAGGGUUUUCAUCUAAGGACUAGUUACAAAAAGAAAGUAAAAUCGUCCAAAUUAGAUGGACUACUUGAAAGGAGAGUUAAGCAAUUUACAUUGGAAGAAAAACAGCGCCUUGAAAAAUUGAAGUUGGAAGGAAAGACUUCCGUGGGUCCCCUGAAAAGCAUGGCUGAAUCACGUGUACUAAUGAAAACAAAAGAAGGAGGUCAAGCCAGCAUGGUUGAUCAGGAGAAAACACAAGGUUCAAAUAAUAAUAGAACAGAAGAUCUGAUUCAAGAAUGUUCACAAAAUAAUGAAAACUCUACCGUUAGGAUCAGUGACUCUGAUGUAACUUAUACAGAUAAACAUUCCACAAAAGGUCAGGUACUAGAAAAAGUCUCCAUUCAGAGCCCAGAACCAAACUUGCAGAAACAAAAUUCUGUCAUCAGUGAUGUAUCUGAACCUGCAGUUGCUGAUAAAUGUCAAGAACAAGACAGGCUUAAAACAAAAGAACAUGAUACCCUCAAUGUGGAUGACCAACGAGCCAAUCAAGAUGAAAAAAAUAUGUUGGCCACUAAAAAGGAAAAUAAUUUCCUACCGGUAAAUACCACUGUUUCUCUACCUGAAAGUGCUUCAGAACCAGUGGUUCAUGAAAGUACCUGUGACACAGAUGUUCCAGCUGCCUCUGAAGCAACAGCUUUGGGAGAAAAAUAUGGAAGUCAGGCAUGUGACUCUGAAAAUAAUAGCACUUUGGAAAAGAGCUCUGAAUCUGUACUCACUCAGGACAGUAAGGAGGAGGAUGUGUUUGUUCAGAACAGCCAUAAAAGUAAUUUAAAAUGCUCCAUAGAGAACCAGGAACAAGAAGGUCUAAAGUUAGUUUCAGACUUGUCUUCUGAAAAGCAAACUCUUGAACCCAGAGAAAAAGCCAGUGGUGACAUGUCACAUUGUAAGAUAAUGGAAGCUAAUGGUGAAAAACCAAGUCAGGAGCAGAAAUUAGAGAGCUCAGUGAAUAGAUGUCAUCAUCAAAUAAAUCUAAAGAACAUAAUAGACAAAAAGAAUAGCGAAAAUGGAGAUACUGAGAAAAAGGGAGAGAAAGAAAUAGCAACUACAUUUCAGAUUAAUGGGAAAGAUAAUGAAUUUAAGGUAUUUUCAAAAGAUGAAUACAUGAAUGAGAUCUCUGACAGUAAGGUAGGAACUGGUAAUGUUGAACCAAAGGUUAAUAGUAUUAAAACAAUUCCUGAACAUGAGAUCAAGCCAUUAUUUGUUAAGGAAGCCCCUGUAAAACCAUUCAUGAAUGGAGAUGUCAUCAUGGAAGAUUUCAAUGAAAGAAGUAACUUGAACACAAAAUCAUGUUUACUUAGUUCUUCAGAUAUUGAUGGUAAAUACCAAGGUAACAUGGAAAAUCUAACAUCAAUCAGAGGGCCCAAGAGUAUGCAGUAUUUGGUGGAAAAACACCAUUCUAUUGAAAAAGCUGCUUCUGUUGAUGGUCCUUCCAUAGCACCUUCACCAUCAUGUAAAGAGAGCAGCUCAAUUAAUCAGGUAGAAAAUAUGGAGGUUGAAACCUCAGAUGUUAAAAAAGUUCCCCCAUCACCUAUUACUUCUGGUGAAGAGUCUAACCUAAGUAGUGAUUUUAAUGAUCAGAAUGGUCUACCUGCUAACAAAGUGGAAAAUGGCAAUGGAAAUGCUACGAGAAAAACAGUGAUCACAGAAGUUACCACAACAACAUCAACUGUGGCCACAGAAUCAAAAACUGUGUUUAAAGUUGCAGAAGUAUUGGCCCCCCAAGGUGAUCAGCAGUCAGUGGUCUCUUCUACUGAAAACUGUGCGAUGUCCACUGUAACCACCACCACCACUACUGUGACAAAACUGAGCACACCCACUACUGGCAGCAAUGUGGAUGUCAUCUCUGUGAAAGAACACAGUAAAACUGUUGUUACAACAACAGUCACUGAUUCACUGACCACUCCAGGGGGCACAUUAGUAACAUCAAUGACUGUGAGCAAAGAGUAUUCUACAAAAGACAAAGUAAAACUAAUGAAAUUUUCCAGACCUAAGAAGACUCGUUCUGGCACAGCUCUGCCAUCCUAUAGGAAAUUUGUAACCAAGAGCAGCAAAAAGAGUAUAUUUGUUUUGCCUAAUGAUGACUUGAAAAAGUUGGCCAGAAAAGGUGGCAUCCGAGAGGUACCUUGUUUUAAUUACAAUGCAAAACCUGCCUUGGAUAUAUGGCCAUAUCCGUCUCCAAGACCUACUUUUGGUAUCACGUGGAGAUACAGACUUCAGACAGUAAAAUCAUUGGCUGGAGUAAGUCUUAUGUUGCGGUUACUCUGGGCAAGUUUAAGGUGGGAUGAUAUGGCAGCCAAAACUCCUCCUGGGGGAGGGACUACUCGAACAGAAACAUCAGACACAGAAAUUACAACAACUGAAAUAAUUAAGCGGAGAGAUGUUGGUCCAUAUGGCAUUCGAUCAGAAUAUUGCAUCAGGAAAAUCAUUUGCCCCAUUGGUGUUCCAGAGGCUCCAAAGGAAACACCUACACCUCAGAGGAAAGGGCUUCGAUCAAGUGCACUGAGGCCAAAGAGGCCAGAAACACCUAAGCAAACAGGCCCUGUUAUAAUUGAAACCUGGGUAGCAGAAGAGGAAUUGGAGUUAUGGGAGAUCCGGGCAUUUGCAGAAAGAGUGGAGAAGGAAAAGGCGCAGGCAGUUGAGCAGCAGGCUAAGGUUAGUGAACAGAAGAAGGCCGAGGAGUUCAAGGCCCAAAUGGAGGCUCAACUAAAACAGCAACGAUUGGCUGCCCAGCAGAAACGAUUGGAGCAGCAGAAACAGCUACCAACAGUAAUUGCAGCCUCUACCACCACUACAACAAACAGUACCACCAAUACGGUCUCCACCCCGCAGAAGGUUGUGGUAGCCCCUAUAAGUGGCCCAGUUACCACUGGAACUAAAGUGGUACUCACAACUAAGGUUGGAUCUCCAGCCACAGUGACAUUCCAGCAGAACAAGAACUUCCAUCAAACGUUUGCUACCUGGGUUAAACAAGGCCAGUCAAGUUCAGCCACCAGCACAGCUGCUACAUCUGCUACAACCAUUGCCAGCACAGGUCAGACGUUCCAAAUUACAGGCAGUCCAGUUACUAUGGCAGGAAAAGUAAUUACCAAACUACCGCUUCCUGCAAAUAGCAAGAUUGUUGCUGUAAAUGUGCCAACAACACAAGGAGGUGUUGUUCAGGUUCAACAGAAAGUCCUGGGUAUCAUUCCAUCAAGUACAGGUGCAAGUCAGCAAACUUUUACUUCAUUCCAGCCAAGAACAGCUACAGUCACUAUUAGACCAAACACCCCAGGCACUGUAGGUACCACAAGUAAUUCACAGGUAAUCACAGGGACUCAGAUCCGUCCUGGUAUGACAGUGAUUAGAACACCACUCCAACAAUCAACCCUAGGAAAGACAAUUAUUCGAACACCUCUGAUGGUACAGCAAGGUAUUCUUCCAGCCAGUCAGACUCAACAGGUAGUAACGCAGAUCAUCAGGGGGCAGCCUGUUUCCACUGCCGUUUCUAGUCCUAGUGCAGUACCUUCAAACUCUGGACAAAAGGUAGUAACGUCAGGAGCAGCUGUGCCACAUAUGCAGCCCCCAUCCUCCACCCCACAGCCUCCUCGGCCCCAGCAAGGACAAGUGAAACUUACAAUGGCUCAGCUCACUCAGUUAACACAAGGCCAGGGUGGCAGUCAGGGUUUGACUGUUGUAAUUCAAGGACAGGGGCAAACUACUGGACAACUGCAACUGAUCCCUCAAGGGGUAACAGUAAUUCCAGGGCCAGGCCAACAAUUAAUGCAAGCUGCAAUGCCAAAUGGUACCAUUCAACGAUUUCUUUUCACCCCUUUACCUACGACAGCUACAGCGGCCAGCACUACGACAACAGUUUCCACCUCAACAUCAGCUACAAGUGAACAGAAACAAACCACACAAUCAGCUCAGACCCAGGCUCAGCCCAUCCAAGCCCUACCACCAGCUCAGCAACCAAGUCAGAGUCAACCACAAGCCCCACCUCAGACUGUUCAACCUUCAGCUCAGCCCCAGACCCCAACUCAGAUUCAGCCCCAGUCCCCCAGCCAAGCUCAGCCCCAGCCACAAGCCCAGCCUGAGGCCCAGACUCACACUGAAGUCCAAACUCAAGCAACAGCUUCAUCCCCUGUCACUUCUGAAGCACAGCCUGUCCCGACACAUCCAAAUAAGACUCAAGUCACAAUACAGUGUCAGUCUCAAAGCCAGGCUCAAGGGCAGUCUCCAGUUCGAGUCCAAAGCCCACCACAGGCUCGAGUGCUUCCACCAGUUUCAUCCAAUGGACCUACUGUAUGUCAAGCCCCAGUGCAGACAACAGCCUCACAGCCAGUUCAAAUUCAGCCACAUACAUCGGUUCAGAUUCAGUCCCAAGUACAGCAACCAUCACAACCCCAGCUUCAAUCUUCCAUACAAACUCUCCCAACAACACAAACUUUGAAUCAAGUUACUGUAACCUCCCCAUCCCGUCCUCAGCUACAACUCCAGCAGCCACAGACACAAGUCAUUACUGUGCCUCAGCUACAACAACAAGUUCAGGUUCUCUCUCAGAUUCAGUCACAUGUUGUGGCUCAGAUACAGGCUCAGCAAGGUGUUGUUCCUGGGCAAAUCAAACUUCAGUUACCUAUUCAGAUUCAGCAAACCAGCCCUGUGCAGGCUCACCAGAUCCAGAACGUGGUCACCGUGCAAGCAGCCAGUGUACAAGAACAGUUGCAAAGGGUUCAACAACUCAGGGAACAACAGCAAAAGAAGAAACAGCAACAGAUUGAAAUCAAACGUGAACACACCCUCCAAGCUUCCAAUCAAAGUGAAAUCAUCCAGAAACAGGUGGUGAUGAAACAUAAUGCUGUGAUAGAACACUUAAAACAGAAAAAGACUAUGACUCCAGCUGAAAGAGAAGAAAAUCAGAGAAUGAUAGUCUGUAACCAGGUGAUGAAGUUUAUUUUGGAUAAGAUAGAUAAAGAAGAAAAACAGGCAGCUAAGAAACGAAAACGGGAAGAAAGUGUGGAACAGAAGCGUAGCAAGCAAAAUGCUACCAAGCUAUCAGCUCUGCUCUUCAAACAUAAAGAACAACUCAAAGCUGAAAUAUUGAAGAAGAGAGCGCUACUGGACAAAGACCUUCAAAUAGAAGUGCAGGAAGAGCUAAAGAAAGACCUCAAUAAAAUUAGGAAGGAAAAGGAGAAAGCACAGGCUGCAGCUGCUGCAGCUCUCUCUGCAGUAGCAACCCCACCACCACCUCCACCACCACCUCCACCACCAACCCCACCACCUCCACCACCACCACCUCCACCACAGCAUUCGGUCAGUGUCACAUCAACUCCGACAUUGCCCAUACCUGUAUCUUCCCAGAAAAGAAAACGAGAUGAGGAGAAAGAGUCUUCAGCUUCCAAAUCCAAGAAAAAGAAAAUGAUUUCCACUACCUCAAAGGAAACUAAGAAGGACACAAAGCUUUACUGUAUCUGUAAAACGCCUUAUGAUGAAUCUAAGUUCUAUAUUGGCUGUGAUCUUUGUACUAACUGGUAUCAUGGAGAAUGUGUUGGCAUCACAGAAAAGGAGGCUAAGAAAAUGGAUGUGUACAUCUGUAAUGAUUGUAAACGGGCACAAGAGGGCAGCAGUGAGGAAUUGUACUGUAUCUGCAGAACACCUUAUGAUGAGUCACAAUUUUACAUUGGUUGUGACCGAUGUCAGAAUUGGUAUCAUGGGCGCUGUGUUGGCAUUUUGCAAAGUGAAGCAGAUCUCAUUGAUGAGUAUGUCUGUCCACAAUGCCAGUCCACUGAGGAUGCCAUGACAGUGCUUAGCCCAUUGACAGAUAAAGAUUAUGAAGGACUAAAACGAGUGCUGCGUUCCUUACAGGCUCACAAGAUGGCAUGGCCUUUCCUAGAGCCAGUGGAUCCUAAUGAUGCACCAGAUUAUUAUGGUGUUAUCAAGGAACCAAUGGAUCUAGCCACCAUGGAAGAAAGAAUACAGAAGCGUUAUUAUAAAAAGCUGACAGAAUUUGUGGCAGAUAUGACCAAAAUUUUUGAUAACUGUCGUUACUACAAUCCAAGUGACUCCCCUUUUUACCAGUGUGCAGAAGUUCUUGAAUCAUUCUUUGUACAGAAAUUAAAAGGAUUCAAGGCAAGCAGGUCUCAUAACAACAAACUGCAGUCUACAGCUUCUUAGAGUUCAGCGUGUUAAACUAAUGCAAAACACAGCAAGAAUCUGGUUAUCUGAAAAGUUUAAAAUUAAGAAGCCAGAUGUUUUUAGUCAGGUUCUCCUGACAAGACUUGACCUAAACUUCGUUUUUAUUGGUCACAAAAGUCAAAUUAUAUUCUUGGCCUAUUUUGUCCAGCGGACAAAGGAAAACAAAAUCAGCACCAUAUUGUCAAGAUCAAAUUGUUUUACUAUUGUGGCAGAAGCGAGAAAACUUUGUUUAUUGAAAGAGAGAAAAGGAAAGCAAGAAUAAAGAUAAAUGGGGUCAAGUUUUAACUCCAUGGAAAUGCCACGUCUGCUCUUCAGUGAAGAAGCUGGUUUAAAGUCACACAGAAAACUUUGACUGUAUUUAUUUAUUGUUGCAAAAAAGACGCUUUUUUUAUUGCUGCCCUCAUUUGUCAGCUAAUUAUUUUUUCUUAAAAAAAAUCCAGCCCCGGUUACAUGUAAUCCAUUCUCUAUCUUAUCAUGAUUCCUGUAGGUAAAAGUACAAGAGACCUCUAGAUGUCUUUUCUUUCUAUGAAAGGAGCUGCUAUGUACACAUGUGCACACACAAAUACACACACACACACACACACACAUACACACAAAAAAAAAACUGGGAAUCAACAGUGAGUUUAUUGUUCAUGCUAGAUAAAAAUUAAGCUUGCAUAAAGGUUGGGCUAAGCGGUCAUGGACUACAGACUCUGUUGCCUUGAAUAAAACAGUACAAUUUGUCAUUUACUCUGCACCAGACUGAAAUGAGUAAAAUCUAUUUGAAGGUAUCUUGUUUGUAAACAUUUGUCAGAUUCUAAUUUUUUUCUUUUUGUAUUAAAAUUCAAAAUAUGGAUGUAUAUGAAACAAAAUAAAUGGAGAAAAUUUUUCUCCCACAGAUGGAAGUGUCUUUGAAUGUGUGGUACUGAUUGUAAGCAUGGGUGGGGUGGAAGGGGACUCCAAAAGGGCAACACAGGACAGAAAAAACUAAAUAUGACUGUUUUCCCCAGGAAGGUGGCCCUGUCUUUUGUCAUUCCCAAAUACUUAUUGCUUCAAAAUAGUCAAUAGGGGCGCCAUACCUGCAGCAUCAGUGAAUGCUGGAGGUCCGUGUAGUGGGAAGCAGAGUAUCCUACAGGAAUGGAGGACUGCUUACUGAAGUCUAGAAUAGUGUUGAGUGAAAUCAACUGAAGCUCUCCAUGCAAGUUUCUCUUGCUCUUAAUGAUCUGUGCUUAAACUGCAUUUUUCUACAUUAUAUUAACAGCUGUAAUGAAAUCUGCUGUUUGGCUUAUGCAGCCUUGCAAAAAUAUUACUAGAUUUUGCACUAAUUCACAUUAGCUUUGUUCUCCUAAGAUCUGGAGUUUGCCUGAGAAUUUUUUUUAAAGCCUUUCCCUAGAUUUAAUAUCACCCCCGCUAUGCAAGACCCUUUCCACUUCUUAGUUUCCUAAAACUAAGUGUAAGACAUAGCUAUGGAUCACAACUCUUUCUUAUUACAGGCUCAGGUGUACAGGUUAUUCUG